AUGCUUGCCGCACAUCUGUUCCGGUCGCUCUUCCCGCCACAACCUGAGUUAGAAGGCCGGCAAGUGGUGACUCUACAUAACCAGCGUGAUUAUAUAUUUGUAAGACGGCACAGAUACGUGUUUCGCGAGAAACGUGAGACGGAGAAAAGUGUAGUGGGACCCGAUGGGAAGGAGAUGAAGGGAGUGGAGGGAGUAAGAACUGGCUUGCAAGAGCUCGGGCCGCGGUUUACGCUCAAGCUGAGGAGGAUUGAUAAAGGAAUACAACGGGUCAGCGGACAGGAAUGGGAGUGGAAGGGUGGGAUGGAGAAACAGCGGACCAAAUUCCAGCUAUAA